UCUCCCUCGCGCGAGGUCGGCGCUGUUAAAAAGGAAGCGAUGUAACGAUAGAAGAGCGCGGCUGUCGUUACAAACGGCAACAGAAGACCCGCGACGAGACCGGCGAAGCGAGGCGUGGCGCGUCAGUUCCGCGGAUCUGAGGAGAAUGGUUAACGUGACGAAAAGAGGCGGGGCCAGGAAUGAUGUCAGUCGUGUUAUGUUGAUGCACAGCCUCGCGGUCGCGUCACACGCGAAGCCGCUGCUCAGGUGAACGCGGAGCGCGGAGGACGACGCACGCGAGGCAGAGCGGUUUCACCCAGGUUGUGUGUGUCCAUGCACGCUUGAGAAGGUUUGGGAUCAGGAUGGACGUGGAGGAGACCGGAGCAAGUCAGGUGGAGAGCCCGGCGGAGGAGGCACCAGCUCCCAAACGCGGGAGAGGACGGCCCCGCAAACCACAACAGGAGCCCGUCGAAGCUUCUGCUCCCAGGAGGCCGAGAGGAAGGCCAAGAGGCAGUAAAAACAAAGACCGGCGGGUCACAGCCAAAGUAGAGCCACCGAGAGAACGGAGACCACGAGGUAGACCAAGAAAAUGGCCUCAGAAGACCGUUCAUCAGGAAGAACAGCAGCCUCAUCCUGCAGCUCAAGGGGCGGAGUCAACAGAGGAGCCGCCCAUUCAGACUCCGCCCUCUGAGUUACCGUCACAGGAGAGCAACUAAAACUACCUCAGUGAUGACUUUGUUACUACGUCGGGGGUAUUUCUCCAUCUCCGCUGCCUCCAUGUACACUGUCAAAAGUGCUCAAAUCACACCCAAAAUUUCAGGAAAGAUCAGACUACAUUUUUCAAAAGUGACCCUAAAAUCUGUGUACUACCAUCACGAGCCUUUACGAACACCCGUCUAUGUGUUACACUGCCUUUUUUAUCUUCUCUUUUGCCUUUAUUAUUUGGAUUCUUGACAGUUCACUCGAAAAUGGAAACUUGCUGAAAAUGCACUUGCCCUCAGACCAUCCAAGAUGUAGGUUCUUCAUCAGAACGGGUUUGGAGAAAUUUAGAAUUACGUCAAUUUCACAUCCUUUGUAGUGAAUGGGUGCCGUCAGAAUGAGAGCCCAAACAGAUGAUCAAAACAUCCCAAGUAAUCCGCGAAUCUCCAUCAGUUAACAUCUCGUGAAGUAAGAAACAAAUCCAUGUUGCUUCUGGCUCAAACGGAGUCACUAAUCCGUAAUAAAGCCUGAGGGUGAGCGCAUUUUCAGCAAAUUUUCACUUUUGGGUGAACUAUUCCUUUUACGGUCAAAUUUGAAACGCAUCUUAUUGUGCACAAUUUGGCAAAAUCGGGUUAAAUGGGUAUCUUCUCAGGAUUCUGGAAAUAUUGUACUGCCAAAGCUUGAAAUGUACUCCUCGAUCAAAUGUUGCAACUUUUUAAACGACUGAUCUCAUGUUCUUUUUAUUCUUUUAAUGUUUACACUGCAAAUACUAGAUUCGAAUGCAUCUAUUUACACCAAAGAAUAACGACGUGAUCAAAGAUGUAAAUGAACAAUUACUAUGAUUCACACGAUGAUGGUGAAAUUCAGUACCUCAACGUCAGAAACCUCGAUGAUUUUGUUCGUUCGUUCUAGACAAUGGAUGAGUUGCCGUUUGUUUUUAAAUGCAUAUACUAUCAGUGGCCAGUCUCUAGAACAAGGUAACUAUAUUUGGCACUAUAUUAGCGUUUUCUUUAAAUCUCAAAUCUAGUCUAAUUUGUACUGCUAUGAAUUGCAUUUAUUGGGAAUGUUUACAGCAUGGCUGAUGUUUAAAGCAUCUCCUAUUGUGUUAUAUAUUACAACUCAUAUGCAGUGCAUGCACUUAAAAACAGGUAUAAAGGUUCUUUACAACAUUUUGAUCAAGAACCUUCUGAUCAGGAAGCUAUUGAUGCGAAAAUCACUUCAUGGUUCAAUGACAAUGUGCCUCAUAAAUACAGGCUCAGGUAACUUACCUUUUUUUUUAUAUUCUUCAAAGGCCAGUAAAGAUGUUUUUGCAGCCGUAUGUCAACGAAUAAAGUUCCCGUUUGAGACAUGUUUACAGCAUCCAA